UUGGUGCACGGGUAACCCACCGGGCGGGUUACGGGGCGGAUAGUGACCAAACCAACCCCACCCGAAAACCAGGGUUGACGGAUCCCGGUUUCCCCGCCACCCGUUGACGGGCCUGUGCGACCAGCCCGUUUGGGCCCUUAACGGGCGGGCCUCGGGCGGGUAUCCGCUAACGGGCCCGGGCCUGCCAUCCCUACUUACUGCUGCAGAGAGUUCAAACAGGAAUCUUCCCUAUGGGAUGAUCCUCACUGUGCUAUUUGAGCAUUUUAAUGUGAAUUUAAGUGAAGAGGUGGGGUUAAGAAUCUCAAGGCAGGAGUUCUAUACUGUUUCAUCUCUGAAAAAGAUGGGCUUUGAGCUGCGUAAUGGUGAGUAUGUCAGAGUAAACAAUGCUCAUGGUGGUGAUGAUGAUGAUGAUGAGGGUAAUGAAGGAGCUCGAGACGAGCCAAUGGGGGAGGCACAGAGUUCAACUCCACCGAUCACCUUACAGCGUGUGUGGGAGCGCAUGGAUGGCAUGGACGAGUACAUGGGCCAGAUGUCCACCCAGAUGACUGGCAUGCACGACUACAUGGGGCAAAUGACCGCCCAGAUGAGCACAAUGCAGGUGACCGUGAAUGAGAUGCGAGAUGAGUGGCGAUCUUUCAGCGGAAGAUACAUGCAUCCCACCACAUCCGACCACCAUCAUGCUAGCACCACCAAUGAAGAAAAUGUGGAUGAGAGAGAGGGGGGAGAUGAGUAGGAGAAAUGAGUUUUUAUAUUGUGUGUUUUAGUGGUCAAAACGAUUGUUGAGUGUUAUUCUGUUGUUUUUUUAGUUUUAUUUUUAUGUGUGAACAAUUAUGAUUUCUGUUUUAUUUUUAGUUGUUAUGCUAUGAAUUGAUGAGUCCUUGUUAUAAUUAUGACUAAUUAUGAUGGUUUGAAACAUAAUUUAUACGAUUAAAAAAACCACACAAAUCGACAUACAUAAGCAAAAAAGACACGGGGCAUAGGGUGACUUUCUUGUAUUCGGUCGACCUCGUAACGGAUUAGGUCGACCGCGAAACCAACACUUGAUCUUGAUUUUACGUCAAUUAAUUGGACACUUUGAUAGAACACUUAUCUUCUAUCUGGUCGACCUCUUUCAUCAUUUGGUCGACCAUUUUGUUAAUGACUGCAAUCAAGUGGUCGACCUAUAUACCUUAGGUGGUCGACCAUGUUGUUUCUGACGCCAACGAAAUGGCCGACCCAGGUUUUAUUCUGGUCGACCAAAAAUAUCAACUUAAACUAAGUGCGGUCGACCAGGUGGUCGUUGAGGUCGACCACAAUGCUUUCUCGUGCUGCCCAAAUUAGUCGAUUCGGUCGACCGCCUUCAGCAAUAGGUCGACCGAAAAGUGCAUGUCACCGUGACAUGCAUGUCAUAGUAGGCAUACCCUAAUAGUUAUUAUGAUUUUUACAUUGAUUCCGGGAGACAUCAUUUGAUAUACGAUGAGAAAGUUUGUCAAAUUGGCUUCAACUGUUUGACUCGGUCAAACAAGUGAGUCAAGAUUCGUCAAGUCGAAUCGAGAUAGGAUGUUCAUUUAUGGUUAAAAUCGAUUUGAUAAUGUCCAUCCGUUUCAUUCCGAUUUAACCAUCAUUUUGAUAAAUCAGUGCCCGGGUGGGAGACAUGAGCUAGUUAUAUGUCUGGGCCAUGGAUUGAGCUUCAAGCAUAGUCAUUCGAGGUCGCUCAACCAAUUAUUAUUAUUAUUAUGGACCCAACAAUUUUAUUUAUGAAUAUUUAUAAUUAAUUACUACUUGAGCAUUAAUAUUUUAAUAUUAUUUUAUUAAAUUAUAUUUUUUAAUAUUGUUAUUUUUUAUUUCAUAUUUAUUUAUGUGUGAAUAUUUUAUAACAAUCUUUUACAAAUUUAAUACUGGAUUCCUAUUUAACGCCCUAAUUUUUUAAAAAUUUCGCCGUAAAUUAACCAAUUAGACGAUAUUACCUCGAUUUUUAAAAAAAGCCGCCCCCGAUCCCUAAUCCCUAGUUUUGCUUUGUUCGUCGCCGACGGAAGGAUAUGUUUUGCUUUGUUCGUCGCCGGUAGCUCAUGAAGACACUGGCGGAUUCUUCACCCACGCCCCCAAUCAUCACCCUCAAUCUGCUCGUCGCGCGACUGCUCUGCUGCGUCCCAUCUCCGUCGCCAGGUCUGGCGCUGCGUCGAUCGAGGACGUAGAAGAGACAAAGGAAUCAUACCCCGCCGACCACCUCUGCUACUGCUGGGUUCUGCUCCGCCGGGAUUAAUCGUUUGCCGAUCGAUGGUUUUCGGAGGAGGAAGAAGCAACUACCCCGCCGGUUCUGCUGGGUUCUGCACAGUCGAAGAAGGUGGAGGAAGGUGGAUCGCAGGUCGGGUGGAAUUUGGGGAUGGGAUUAGGGCGAUGGCGGUGACGACGAGGCAGACAGAGUAGCACUCUCUACCGCCGUGAGGAAUCCCUAGGUCGAGUGACGUAGCGGAAGGAAGUUGCGGCGGCAACGGUGAAGACUCCCAUGGGAACGACGACUAUGGAGAAUAAUUCUAGGGCGAAGGUUUGUUAGAGACUGGGAAUAAAAAAUGGGACAAAAAUGUCAAAUUAAAAUAUUAGGGCGAUAAAUUUUAAAAACCUAG